ACCGAUCCCGCACGCUAUUUAUUACGUGAUGUUACCACUCAGUAAAGACGUCAAAUUAAUGGUCGGGCUCUUAUUAAUGAGCCCGAUACGAUAUGCGACUGCAAUUAUGACGCUCUCACAUCACGCGAUACGGACGGAGUGGGGAUCGUAACGGGGGAAUGUGGUAUGCUGCGCGUAGCGGCGUUACGCAUGCGUACGGCUGCAACGGACUGGGGCGGAGGCGGCGGCCGGGGGAAGGUGGUCGGCGAGCGCCGUCACCUUGGGGCCCACGGCGGCGCAGGGUAUGGUCCCGGACCGACGCUGUCGGACCCGGCUCGGGUCACCCAGCGCGGCGGCGUAUGAAGCCGAAAUGCUGCCACGACGCGCACUGUCCCGUCGGCUGGUAAUGAUGAGCGCCACGUCGACGGCCAGGAUCUGAUGUCACUCCCACAGUUUGUAUGCAAUCAUCCGUACCCGUCCUUUCGUGCGACCGGCUUAUGACGGUCCAAACCCGAAAUCACUGCUAAUCAUAAUUACAAAUCCAGGAUUAACAGAGCGAGCGGAGAGAGAGAGAAAGAGAAGAUCUCUGAUUCUCUUCUCUCAGAAAGCGUAAAGUUACUACCAGAAGUAGUUCCCGUUGCAGACAGAGUCUUGAAACCGAGGGAGAAUCCCGCCAUGAUUUGGUGCUCUGCAACAAGUAAAAAAGAUCUGCAGUCACCAGAUGGGCGCCAUUAAAAUUUUCCCGCGACCAGGAUUCGCUUUCGAGCUGCAGCACAGUCGCAGUGGCAUCCCUCCUCCAUUCCCUUCCCUUCCUCUGUUUUUCUCUCUGCGAGAAUGUGGCAAAUGAAUGAUUCCUCUUUACUGUCUUCUUCCUCCUCCUCCCUCUAAUUGCAGUAAUCAUCCAGCUGUCCUUAUCUCUCUUACUCUCUUUGUGCUUCCCCCUCAAUGCUCUGUUUCACAAGCUAGGUUCUUGCUCCUCUGCUUCAUAGCUCCUGCCGCCUACCGCAAGAGGUAAUGGCCGCAGAGGAAAGAGACACAUACAAACAUAUAGGUUGGUAGGGGUCGAAACAGUGGGAUGUGCGAGUCUCAAAGGGAUGCUGAUGGUCUACACGUGUGGACGACCAUGGAGGCCAUGAUUGCCUUUCGCUAAAACCGAGGCAGUCCGCUCCCCUGUUCUGCAGUUCGAUCGGUUGUUUAUUAUGAUAUCUUAAGGGGUAUACGCUGGUUCGAAAUAAUCGCGUCGCGUAAUCUCCCCAUGUUUGGGGAUCGCGUCGCGUAUCUUGCUGCCUUUUCCGGCCGCUUCAUAAAGUGGGAUGGAAAGAAAGUACGCAAGAGGGUGUGACAUUGCAUUUACGUAUUUCUUUCCAUCCCCUGCUGUCGUCGUUGUUGCUUUCCUUCGUAAAGUUUGGAUAAAAUUAAAAUAAUUGAUAAAAUGAACAUCCGCGAUCGAGAUGAGUGCUAUAUAUACGCGGUUUACCUUCUCUUGUUCGAAGAAGGAGAAGGACUUGGUCUACGAGAUGGAGGAGAUAGCGGUGGCGAAAUCGAGGUUUCAGAGAGUGUGCGUGUUCUGCGGCAGUAGCCCAGGGAAGCGGAACUCGUACCAGGACGCCGCCGUCGAGCUCGGCAAGGAACUGGUAGCGAGGAAGGUGGAUCUGGUGUACGGCGGAGGCAGCGUGGGUUUGAUGGGUUUGGUCGCCGAAGCUGUUCACUCUGGCGGCGGCCAUGUCAUCGGGAUCAUUCCGAGGACCCUGAUGCGCGCGGAGUUGACCGGAGAGCAGAGGUUCGGCGAAGUGAAAUCGGUGGCCAACAUGCACCAGCGCAAGGCCGAAAUGGCCCGCCACUCCGACGCCUUCAUCGCACUCCCAGGCGGCUACGGGACGCUCGAGGAGCUGCUCGAGACCAUUUCCUUCGCUCAGCUCGGCAUCCACCGCAAGCCCGUCGGCUUGCUCAACGUGGACGGAUACUACAACUCGCUGCUCGCCUUCAUCGACAAGGCCGUGGAGGACGGCUUCAUCCAGCCUUUCCAGCGCCACCUCUUCGUCUCCGCCCCCAACGCCAACGACCUCGUCCAAAAGCUCGAGGAAUCCGUCCCCAUCGACGACGCCGUGGUUUCCGAGCUCAGCUGGGAGCAGGAGCAAAUGGGACUCAACUCCACCCUCCAAGUCGAGAUCGCUCGGUAGCAAAGACGCAUUUUGACGGCCGAUCGUGUUUUGUAGUCGAGGGGGAAAUGCAAAAACCAAGCCUUCCCCCCCGCCAUGAACCUGAUUGUCUUCAGCUUUUGCCAUGGCAAAUAUAU